UUCUCUUUCCUUGCAUGAAAAGAAAACUUUUCCGUCACUAUAAUGGCGAACUACCUUUAUAUACGCCUUAUUUCGUAACGGUUACAUACACAAGCAUUUUCUAUUCUAAGGAUCGUGAAAAUAGGGCACAUCGUGACAUAAGUUUGCAGAACUGCUCGGUGCUUGACCCUGUGUCCGGGGUCACCAGUAGCGAUGAAGGCACAGCAAUGCGACGCCCCUCUAGAUGGCACCGAGAAGACCCGCCAGUGCAAUGCACCGCGCCCCCGGAUCCAACCAAUCGGCGCUUGUGGGAAGGAGCAAGCUUCGUGAAUUUGGAUCAUGGCCUUGCUCGGCUCGUUACUGCUUACCGUGAACAUGGUCACAAAGCAGCCAAGAUUAACCCAUUAUUUACUGGCCAGGCAGUAAUGGAUAUGGUACCAGAAAUACAAGAGCUAACUGAAAUACUUCAUGGUCCAUUUAUCACUACUGGAUUGUUGAACAUGGGAAAAUCAGAAGCAACCAUUGAAGAGGUGCUAGCAUAUCUGGAUCAUACAUAUUGUGGCCAGAUUUCAGUUGAAACAAGCCAGUUGCAAAAUUUCAAAGAGAGGGAAUGGUUUUCUAGAAGAUUUGAAGAGUUGAAACAAGAAAGUUUUUCAACAGAAGAGAGGAAACAUUUGGCAAGACUGAUGUUAGAAUGCCAGGAAUUUGACCACUUUCUGGCCACAAAGUUUUCAACAGUAAAAAGGUAUGGAGGAGAGGGGGCUGAGAGCAUGAUGGGAUUCUUCCAUGAGAUGCUUAAAAUGUGUGCAUUUGCUGGUGUAACAGAUAUAAUUAUAGGAAUGCCGCACAGAGGGAGGCUAAACCUUCUUACAGGACUUCUCCAGUUUCCACCAGAGCUGAUGUUUCGUAAAAUGCGUGGCCUAAGUGAGUUCCCCGAAAACUCCCCUGCAAUAGGUGAUGUACUUUCCCACUUAACUUCUUCUGUGGAUCUGGAUUUUGGUUCCCACCGACCUCUGCAUGUGACUAUGCUACCCAAUCCAUCACACUUGGAAGCAAUAAACCCAGUAGCUGUUGGCAAAACUCGAGCAAGGCAGCAAUCCGUGUCAGAUGGUGAUUACUCUACAGAGAAUUCUGCGCUGCCUGGUGACAAGGUUGUAUGCCUACAGGUACACGGUGAUGCUUCAGUCUCUGGCCAAGGAAUUGUUACAGAAACUUUUACACUAUCAAAUCUUCCUCAUUAUCGGAUAGGAGGCAGCAUUCAUCUGAUUGUUAAUAACCAGUUAGGUUACACAACCCCUGCUGAACGUGGGAGGUCCUCCUUGUACAGCAGCGAUGUUGGCAAAAUUGUCGGAUGUGCUGUUAUACAUGUUAAUGGAGAUGACCCUGAAGAAGUUUUGAGAGCCACACGAUUAGCAGUUGAAUAUCAAAGGUGUUUUCGCAAGGACAUUAUUGUAGAUUUACUCUGCUACAGACAAUGGGGGCAUAAUGAACUUGAUGAACCAUUUUUCACAAAUCCUAGCAUGUACAAAAUUAUAAGAUCUAGAAAAAGUAUACCUGACAUUUACUCUGAACGAUUGGUAGCAGAAGGGCUAAUGACAGAGGAAGAAGCAUCUGAGAUAAGGACUAGUUAUUACUCCAAAUUAAAUGACCACCUUUCCAGUAUGACAUUAUACAGUCCACCAUCCACAAACCUGCAGGCUCACUGGAGGGAGAUGGUUGAACCAUCUGCUCGAAUCACAACAUGGGAUACAGGUGUACCUGCAGAUCUCCUCAAGUUUAUUGGAGCCAAAUCUGUAGAAGUUCCUGAGGAAUUCCAAAUGCACAGCCAUCUUCUCAAAAUGCAUGCACAGUCUAGAAUACAAAAGCUGCAAGAAGCAAUAAAGCUAGAUUGGGCCACGGCUGAAGCUUUGGCAUUUGGGUCACUGCUUUGUCAAGGCUUUAAUAUUCGACUAAGUGGUCAGGAUGUGGGACGAGGAACCUUCAGUCAGAGACAUGCAAUGAUGGUUUGUCAGGAAACAAGUGACACAUACAUUCCUCUGAACCAUAUGACUUCUGAUCAAAAGGGCUUUUUGGAGGUGAGCAACAGUGCAUUGUCCGAAGAAGCAGUGCUUGGAUUUGAAUAUGGAAUGAGCAUUGAAAGCCCCAAAUUACUUCCAAUUUGGGAGGCACAGUUUGGUGAUUUCUUCAAUGGUGCACAAAUCAUAUUUGACACUUUUAUUUCUGGAGGUGAAGCUAAAUGGCUUUUACAGAGUGGUAUUGUGAUACUCCUUCCCCAUGGCUACGAUGGUGCUGGCCCAGAACACUCCUCAUGCAGAAUUGAACGUUUUUUACAGAUGUGUGACAGUUCAGAGGAAGGCGUUGAUGGAGAUACAGCUAAUAUGUUUAUAGUGAAUCCAACUACUCCUGCACAAUAUUUUCAUCUGCUGCGAAGACAGAUGGUUCGGAAUUUCAGGAAACCUCUCAUUGUUGCCUCUCCGAAAAUGCUUUUAAGAUAUCCGGCUGCUGUUUCAAGUCUUGAGGAUAUGGCACCAGGAAAAACAUUUAGACCUGUUAUUGGAGAUUCAUCUGCAGAUCCCAAAAGUGUAAGCAAAGUCAUACUUUGCUCUGGCAAACAUUAUUAUGCACUGCACAAACAAAGAGAAGCACUAGGAGAGCAAGGACGCAGCUUUGCUAUCAUCAGAGUGGAAGAGCUCUGCCCGUUUCCUUUAGAAGCUCUGCAACAAGAAAUCCACAAAUAUCCAAAGGCCAAAGAUUUUAUUUGGAGCCAAGAAGAGCCACAGAACAUGGGUGCCUGGUCAUUUGUUGCACCCAGGUUUGAAAAACAACUUGCUUGUAAGAUGCGUCUUGUAAGUAGACCUGCUCUUCCUGCACCAGCUGUAGGUAUUGGCAUCUUGCAUCAACAGCAACAAGAAGAAAUCCUUGUGAAAACACUGUCAUAACUGGAAUAAUAGUGAUUUUUCUUUUUUUUACGGUUUGGCCUGUGAUGAAUGUUUUACAGUUUUAUGCUGUUUUUAACUAUUGACUUAUUUACCAGAUGAAAAAAAGAAGUUGUUUGUACUUUAAAAUCCUGCCAUCGUUCCUCUCAUGAUAGGGAUCAAAGCACUACAGAAAAGCUGAUAACCGCUAGCAAUGUAUAUAUGCAAUAUUUUCUCAUAGCUUGUCCAGAGGAAAUGUUUUCUGUAAGCUACACAAGUGGAAUUGUUACUUAAUAUAUUUCCUAAAUUAUGAACAAUGCUGUGAUCAGUUAUUUGACACCAUUUAUGUCUUUGGCAACAAAAAGCCAUUAAAAAUCAUUCAGUAGAUUAACUGCCUGCUUUUGGGA